UUAUUAAACUAACAAGUUAGUAGUUAGUAAAAAUACUAAAAAUGUAAUAACAAUACAAAAAUCACACUACCUGCCACAAAUGACAACUAUAAGACGUCAAGCAGCUAAUAAUGGCAAAGUUCUAACAAAUAAAACGUAGGGAGUAAUUUAUUAAAUACUUGUGUUGCUUAUUCAAAAAUAAUCACACGUUAACACAUAAAAUAAUCAUCCUGUAUGUUAUAUACAAUCCAGUAUACGGCAUUUCAAAUUCGACUGUUUACAAACUUUUCAGAAUUUUUGUUGUCAUUUGUCAUACGGUAUGUCAUAGAUUUCUAACCUUAAACCACAGAACAGUCCGUAAUGAGCGAACUUCAUAAAUACCAGUAUGCCGUAAAAUAAGUUUUCAUUAAUUUUUUGUAACAAACACAAGAAAGAGAAAAACAAAAGUAAUGGACCAAGCAACAGCUCGGAGACUCUUAAACGAAGGCGCAUUCUUCAUCUUCUUAAAUGUGCCCGAAGGAACUGAAUUUGGCAUUGAUAUGAAAUCAUGGAACACUGGAGAAAAAUUCCGAGGAGUGAAAAUGAUUCCCCCCGGCCUACAUUUCGUUUUUUACAGUUCAGUAAGUUCUACAGAUGAUGUCGCUCCCAGAAUUGGCUUUUUUCAUAACUUCAAACGAGGCGAAGUUUUUGUGAAAAAAUGGGAUAAACAGACUGAACAAAUAAGUACUGAGCCAGUAUCUGAAGCCGAAAUUGUGGGUUUAAAAGAUAACUUGUUGGCAUUAGACGGAUUUUUGGGACCGUAUCCAUACGAUAUUUUAGAUAAAUGGAGUAGUUUGUCAUCCAAUAUUUCAAAUAAUGUGCUGGCUAAAUUGGUGCCGAAAUCUGGCCAAGUAAAAGCUGCAUUAGAAUUACAAUCCUGUAGUGAUGCAGAUCGGCCAAGGGGAGUUAAGAGAGACCUCUUGGAAAUAAAAAAUUCCCCUGUUGAAGAAAAGAGACGUUCUUCGAGUGGCGAAGCUGAUCUGUUACCUUCACUAAAACCUUUGGAAGGAACAGAACUUCGAUUAACUCCUUUUCCUGAACGAAAUUUUCCUGAAGGUAGUUCUCCAUCAGAAAUCACGCAGCAUUCCCUAGAUUUAACUUAUGUGUUCGAAACAGUUUUGGGACAUUAUUCAAGGCCGAUAGAAAUUAUUGGAGAGCUGGAGUUUUGCUACAUUUGCUUUCUUGUGGGUCACAGUUUGGAAGCUUUUGAUCAAUGGAAAAAAAUUGUUACAGUGUUUUGUUCGUGUGAUCUAGCUAUUGCAAAAUACAGAAGAUUAUUUGAUGUAUUUCUUAGUGUGUUAGAAGUACAACUUAAAGAAAUCCCUGAAGAGUUUUUAGCUGACAUUGUGUCCAAUGAUAAUUUUGUAUAUGUCAACUUAAAAAAGUUUUUUAGAACAAUACAUGACUCAAAUUUAGAUGGACAGUUAAAAACGAAAGCUGAUAGGUUUAAAAAUUCGUUAACUACUACUUAUUUGUGGGACUUUGAAUAUGUAGAUUCGAGUGAGGAAGAUGAAGCACCAGUUGUUGUUGAAUUGUGAAAUAUGUUGUAAGUAAAUAUAAAAUAAAUAAAAUAAGCAAAA